GACCGCAGCCCAAGAGAGGAGUCUGAAAGAAAAGGGGGCCCUACCGUCACCAGACGGCGCAAUCCAACGCCCGACCUCUGCGCUAUUACCACCAUGGGGAUCAUACUAUUCCUCAUCGACAACAGCGCGUCAAUGAAUCAACGAACGGUAGCGGGAACGACUCUUUUAGACGUCGCCAAGACGGCGGUUGAGACUUUUAUCAAGCUCCGUUCCAGAGACCCUGCGAGUCGUCAGGACCGAUAUAUGCUCGUCUCAUGCGACGAGACGCCAUUUUGUUUCAAGUGUGGUUGGAGGGAAAGUCAUUCUGUCUUUGUGAGUGAGCUGAAGAACAUGCACGUGUCAGGACAGCAGGAUAUGUCUGUCAUUCUACAACAGACAUUUGACCUACUCAAUGUCCAUAGACUACACACAGGCAUAGAUAAUUAUGGACAAGGAAGAAAUCCAUUCUUUUUAGAACCAGCCGUCGUCAUAGUAAUUACAGACAGUCAAUCGUCAUCUUCGAAUGAAGAGCUUACUAUCACCAGUAAAUUAUGUGGUGGCAAUUUAACUACAGAAGCGUAUCGUUGGGACGAACGAUUGUUUUCUCUGAUGUUAUGCUUGCCUGGCAUGCCAAGCAGUCAAGAUUUAUCUGCUGCAUUUGUAAGGCCAUCUCUCUCUGCUCUUUGUGAAGCAACAGGAGGGAAGUCGUACGUCGUCACGUCCUUGCGGAUGUUGAAUCAAAGCAUCGAGUCUCUUGUCCAGAAGUUGCAUCCUGGAGUUGUCAUUCGGUUUGAAAAAAUGGAAGGUUCAUAUUUACAGGCCGUGACCAAUGACACAGCUGUGCUUUUGAGUAAACCAGAAAUGAGAGACUCUCCGGUUCCAAUGGAAGUUGAUCAACGAGAAAUUGCAGUACAUAAUGGUCCACAAUCUCUUGGCUUUGCAACACAGUCACAGUCAACUGUGGUUAGUGAGACAGCGAAUGGAGUGAGAGGAGCAGCAGUGCCACCUGAUGUGAGAGAUGGAAUGAGAGGGAGCGGCGUUGUGGGCAUUGUACCUAUUCCUCUAUGGUAUAGUUCUACAAAGAUGAUUUAUGUGAGACCACAUCCAAAAACUGGGAUUCCCAGUGGCCACUGGCCAAUUCCAGAAUCAUUCUUUCCUGAUGGAAACACUAGUAAACUGCUUUCAAGAUCAGCACAUCCUGUCGUAUUGUUCACAUGUGAAGACUCGCCUCCUCUUGUUAUUGACAAUUUGCCAUUCGACAAAUAUGAGUUGGAGCCAUCAGCUUUGACACAGUUCAUACUAGAGAGGAAGAUGCCUUCUGCGUGUUGGAAGGUUUACAUUCCUGGAAGUGGCAAAACACCUGAAAGUUGUUAUCCGUUUGGUUAUCUAAAGCCCAGCUCUAAUCUUCAAUGUGUGAACCUCUUGGUGAUGCCAUACAACUACCCGGUCAUUCUUCCUCUUCUUGAUGAUUUGGUGAAGAAAUAUAAAAUGAAACCACCACGAGGCUGGAAAGCGGAGUUUGAGAAAUACCUUCAAACGCUGCCUGUUUACUAUGUCCAGCCUCUACGGAAUGCUCUACGAGUAAUGGGAGCUCCAAGUGGGAUCGUGCCAGACAACAUACCAAGUGGGUUAAGUCUUGAAGUGUCUACAUAUUUGAAGAGAAUGAAGAAGCAAGCUAAAGCUGAUAGUGACAAACUGUUGAUGGUCAUUGCUAAUAAACCGAUGGCAACAGACACAGGACAGUUGCUUGGAUCUGAUGGUUUGCCUUUAAAAGAGUCAGUUCGAGUACAGUCUUUCCGUAAUCCAUUUGACAUUCCUCGUUCUGAUCUGCUUGACCAACUAAGAGCAAUGAGAGCUGCCUUCUAUAAUUUCUCAUCUCAAGGAAAUGCAUAUGUUAAAGAACACAGUGUUCCUGUCAGUCAAAUGGGCAACUAUCAAGAGUUUCGUAGGCAACACCACUUUCUACGUGAAAUUGAUGUGACAGCUUCGGGGGCAGGCAAGACACAACUGUUUGGAAAUCCAUACAAACUGGAACGACCAGACAAGCAUCUUGUUUUGGACGAAGCCAAUGAAGCAAUGGUUGGACUAAACCAAAAACGUCUACACGAUAACUCAAGUUCUCGUCGUGCUAAGAGAAAGAGACUUCAUACACCUCCACGAUCACCAUCUCCCAUGCCUCUGAUGAAGAAAGAUUCACAGAGAGCGACAAACGCUGCUGUUGCAAAACUAAAAUUACCAUCAGUUGACAGACAGUCGCAGCAACAGGUGAGUGUGGGAUUGAAGGCAAGACCCGUGGAGUCAAGAACUAAUAGCACUGUGAGUGCUAACACUGUUGCAGCACAGCAGCCACAGAGUGGUGUACUUGUGAAGAAGCAGCAGCCAGGAAAUGAUAACGGAGCACUUAAGAAUCUUAUCUUCAAAGAGUUGAGAAAGCCAGGGAAAAACUUCACUCUCGUGUUUGAACACCUGGGAAAUGUGAAGGGAACAGUUGAAGUAAAGCGCUCAUUUCUGAAUGAUAUCAUACGUGAAGCAGGACGAUUUAAACGGAAACAAUUAGUGGAGCAACUGAAAGACUGGGGAGAGAAAACUCUCACUAAAUCAGAAGUCCAGUCAACUGUCAGUUAGCAGUGGGUUGUGUGUACAGACAGUUGGAUAUCUUGAACGAUAGAUGUAAGUAUAGGGAUCAAACUACACUGUAAAGGUGUUUCCCAUGGAAACAAAUUUAAAGAAAUAGUGACAAUGAUCAGUCACCAAUGAUUAUAUCGUGUGUGUG